UUGCUGCCAGUUCAACCACACCCAUUUCGACACGAACUCACCUCAGCUCACCGUUAUUAGUUUGUUAGCGACACACAACACACCAAAACACUUUGGAAAAGACGUCCUAGGCGUUUUGAAAUUUUAUUAUUUUAACACAAGUGCAGUUAGUCGUCGUCCCUCAUGGCAAGAGUUUCAGCUCUUCUCUCCAUUUUUGGUGUCAUGCUCUUGUGGCCUUUUGUUCUGACAAAGAGCAUCUCAUCCAUUCUUCAGAUGACACACGCUGAGUCCUCCGUGUCUUCAGGCCAUUUCAAAGAGCGCUCCCAUGUGGUGAAACGCUCCACUCAAAACUGUGACUCCACAUUCGCCAAUUACUGCAUGAACGGAGGUCAAUGCAUGCUGUUGGUGGACGUCAACGAGCACCACUGCAAGUGUCCCGGUGGCUUCUACGGCCCCCGCUGCAGCCAUAUAGAGUUGGUCUUUAAGCCCAUGGGAGAGGAGCAGAUUAUCUUCAUUAUCUUCUGUGUGAUGUUGCUAAGCGUUGGCUUUGCUGGAGCGCUCUACUUCUGUUGCAAGUGGUAUAAAAAGAACAAAUGCGGUCCCAAACAGAAGCGACAAGGCUACAAAGGAGUGCAGACAAUGUAGCAAGUGACAAAAUCAACACUUUUAUCACUUUUCUUAUUCUAAUUCCCCUUUUAAUUAUUUAAAUCUUUGCUUUAGCUUGUAUUUAUUUACACCUUUCUGCAAUUUCUACGGCAAACAAUGACAAGGUGUCAAGUCAGAAAGGAUGUUGAUAAUUUAUUGCUGUGUAUGAUGGAUGUUUUGCCACCAAUAAAAGGAGUGAAUCUUAACUUGGUUUGUUUUUAACCCUUUUACAUCUCGAUACGUAAAAGUGACACGAAAAUCUCCCAAGAAUUUUUCAAAUAAAGUUACUCCAACGGUGGUUUUGUGGGUGAUUAUUUUUUAUUAUUAUGAUAAUGUCCAGGAGUCCAUUUUAGCGGCG